ACCACUGUUGAAUAUCGACAAGCAUAACCACGGAGAAAGUGGGCCGAAGUAUGAAAAAUGUCCUGGUUGUGUCCUUUGGAUUCUUGCUGUUGUUUACUGCGACUGGAAGCCUUCUGAAUCUACAGAGCAGUUUGAACACUGAAGAAGGAGUAGGUGUGGCCUCAGCAAGUGUGCAGUUUGCCUCCAUCAUUCUGUCCUCCAUGUUUGUUGCCCCCUUGGUUAUAAAAUACCUGGGCUGCAAGUGGACCAUUGUUGCUGCGAUGGGAUGCAAUGUUGUGUACACAGUUGGCAACUUCUAUCCAGGAUGGGAAACCCUGCUCCCUACUUCAAUAAUCCUUGGAUUUGGGGAAUCUCCUUUAUGGUCAGCUACAAGCACCUAUCUUACCAUAAAUGGUAGAAAACAAGCGGAGAAGGACAAAAAGAAGAUCCAAGAUGUGAUAAACCAGUACUUCGGGAUCUUGUUUCUGCUGUACCAGUCUUCAGCAGUCUGGGGAAAUUUAAUGUCCUCCAUUGUCUUUGGGCAAGACUCAACCUCAGUCAACAUCAGUGAGAGUGAUCUACAGUUCUGUGGAGUGGGUGGCUGUGGCAACAUCAGCGAGGCCCCAAGCAACUCCACCAGACCACCGGAGAGAUUAGUGCACACUCUGAUGGGCUGCUAUGUUGGUGUAGGUGUGCUGGCCAUGCUCUUAGUGGCUGUGUUUCUGGAUAACAUUGACCGAGAUAUGACACUGGAGUUUAGAAGCAACAAGGAGCCAUUCUGCAGCACUUUCUUGGCCACGUUUAAACAGCUAAACGAUCGGCGUCAGGUGUUUUUGAUCCCAGUCACUGCCUACAUUGGUCUGGAGUUGGGUUUUCUCAAUGGGGAGUACACCAAGGAAUAUGUGACCUGCGCUUUGGGACUACAUUUUGUUGGAUAUGUGAUGAUUUGCUUUGGUGCCACAAGUUCCCUGUUUUCCUACGCGUUUGGGCGUCUGUCACAAUAUUCUGGACGGGUAGCUCUUUUCGCUUUGGCCACAACCACCCAGUUUUCCUGUAUCCUGGGUCUGUUGUUCUGGAGGCCUCACCCAGACCAGCUGCCAGUGUUCUUUGUGUUUCCUGCCCUCUGGGGCCUGGCAGACGCUGUGUGGCAGACACAAACCAAUGCACUCUAUGGUGUUCUCUUCCAUGGCCAGAAGGAGGCAGCAUUUGCCAACUAUCGCCUAUGGGAGGCUGUGGGAUAUGUAAUAGCGUUUGCUUGUAGCCGUUUUCUCUGUGUGAAUACCAAGUUAUACAUCCUUAUGGGAGUUCUUCUGCUCUCAGUGACACUUUGUUUUUCAGUGGAAUAUGGUGAAUACAUUAGCCCUACACCAAGUGAGGACAACACUAUCGAUACGAAACUGGAGAUAAAGAACACAGAACUCAAUGAGGAUAAUGAUACAGAAUGUGAUAAAGUGUUGUAAACAUUGUCAAAUGUACUUAGCCACACCAUGGCUAUCAGCAUGUGUGAGAUUCUUUUUACAAUACAAAUGACACGAAACACCAUUCAUAACAUCCAUGAAGUUUUAUAAGGAACUUACUGUACUGAGGUAACUCAUUAAAUCCAUUAUUUAUUACUGAGCAGAUAUUUAAGUAUAUGUCUGUUCCAGUCCAAAUGAUCAAUCUUCAAAUGUGUAUGGAUAUAGAGGAUUUCAUAGAUUCCUAGUGUUUUUAUCAUUAACUGAUCCACCGUUUGGGGAAAAUGGGAAGAAAUAUGAAAAAUGUGCUUCUUGUGGAUUACUGCUGAUGUUCACAACAACUGGAUGUCUCUAGAGCCUGCAGGUAAAUAUCCCAUAAUCAAUUAUAUCAUAUGUCAGAGUCUUUGAAGGUGGUCAGUCAGUAGUACAUCUGGAACUACUGAGACAAACCUAUACUAAAUAGGUUGUUUUUUUUAUUCAUAGGAUUGCAUUUAAAGUACAUAUAUUCUGUUGUUAGUAAAUCCCAAAUGUUAUAUUUUUCAGAAUAGUUUGAACUCUAAGGAGGGGAUGGGAGUUGCAUCAGUCAGCAUAGCCUAUUCAUGCACUAUCCUGUCCUCUGGGUUUCUCACACCAAGCCUUAUACGAUCCCUGGGCUGCAAAUGGACUAUUGUUGCAGCUAUGUGAUCUACACAGUUGGAAGCUUCUUUCUAGAAUGGUAUGAUGACCUUGCCCUCAGUGAGCCCAGGCGUACAGUAUGUCAAUUCAAUCUAAUAAAGAGCUUUGUUUUGCAAAGAG